AUGAAUUCCAGAGCGAUGGUGCCGAAUCGUCAUCUCAGCCAACGGGAAUUCGCGGCCGCGGACGUGGAUCCAGGGGACGAGCGAGACGAUCGAGUCAUAGUCCUUACCCUCGGACGGGGCGCGCCCGUCGUGAGUCACGUCGAGCGCGAGCGGAUGAUCAUGAUGCGGCGACCAUCAGGGGCGCUCUGUCUAGCACAGGUGUGUCCUGCGCCUCGUCGGACCAAUACUCGCAACUCAAGUAGUACAGCAAUAGCUGACACUGCACCUCACGUUGCAAAUUUGUCGCCAGGAUCAGGACUAUCGCCGCCGCCGGCAACAACCUAUUCAUCGGAUUUCGUGCAUGGGACGGACGUUCCCGCUCAUUCAGAGUCUAACCUUGGCAUGUGGCCAGCCUAUCCCCAACCUGCACCAGUUGCUGGCCACUGGCAGCAUUCUGCAAGCUACAACGUUCCUCCUGCAUAUCCCGGCGUACCUGGAGGGGUGGGGCCAUUGUAUGGGGAGACGUCGCACUACCCUGCAUCUGGACCAUUAUAUCACCACCCUGGGCUUGGCACGGCGCCACAGGCCAACCACAUGCAAUGGCCGACCUCGGUGCCAAGCGGUGGUCCUAUAAGGACAUACUAUCCAGGCGCAAUGCACGACACGUGGAUGGCCAACUCAUCCCAACAGACGUACCCUACUCCCUCUUCGUUUGUCGCCGACCCCAACGAGCUGCGCUGGGACCACACUGAUCGGCCAGUCCCCGACCGGUCGACGUUCUCCUACCAUCACCCAGGCGGACUUGUGCCUAAUCCGUCUAGCCCACCGUCAACCUUUCCGACCUCACCUCAAGGAGCUGAGCAGUAUGAGCCGGAGCCUGAGACGACGGAAGAGACCGGAGGAUACGACCCGCACAAUUGGGACUACCCGUAUUCGGUUCCUAAGGACGGCGGGGAUGGGCAUUGGUGA